GCGCUUCGUUUCCUAUUCCACAAACCUCUUUAUAAAUUAUUGCUUUCCAAAUCAACCUUCUUAUCCUUUCAAACCCAUUAUUAAUCUCUUUUUCAUUCCCAUUCUUCUUCUUUGCUUUUGGUUUUCUUCCCCCCCUCCCCCCUCCCUUCUUCUUUGUUGUGUAUUCUUCUUCCCCAAAUAGCAGGAGUCUUCCAUCUUAUGGCUUCGGAUGAACAAGAAGGAAGGCCACUGCCUAAGUUCGGGGAAUGGGACGUGAAUGACCCUGCAUCAGCUGAAGGAUUCACUGUAAUAUUCAACAAGGCCAGAGAUGAGAAGAAAAGCAACAACAAACAGGUUACUUCGGGAGGAUCCGGGCAUGGCGGAUCGCAUCGAAGUAGAUCCGAUUCCCGCAAUAAGGAUAGAGAUAAACCUAAGCGGAGGUGGUUUUGCUUUAAAACUUAGAAAUGGAUGGUGAUGAUGAUGAUGAUGAUCGUGAAAUUUUCCUGAGGAUCACAGAAACAGAAUAGAGAACAAGUAAAUAAUAACAAUAAUAAUAAUAAAAAUAAAAAAGUAGUUGCUGCUAGCCUGUGCUUGAAUCAUCCAUGCAGCUAUUGGUAUUCCUUUUUCCCUUUUGCCACCCAUACACAUUUCAUGAAUAUAUCUAGCUACUUAAUUAUACAGUUAUACGGACCAGCAGCCAAAUGUAAAUAGCCAAUAGGUGAAUAUAUAUAAAUAAUGACAAUGACGGUCAUUUUGAAGUUACAGAAAUCGCAUAUCAUAUGUUUAAUUUUCUUCGUUAUCUUCGUCAGUUAGCUAAGGUCCAUAAGGCAUCUUUAUGUGAAGGCAUUGAGUUCAUAUUUUAUAUUUACCAUAACGAUCUAUAGAGCUAUAUAAUGUGGUAGCUUCAGAAUUAAAGUUAAAAA